GUUAACGAGAUUUGGCCAUUUCGAGAACAAAUCAACACAUGUAGACAGCGAUAAAGUGAAAAACAAAGACCAUGGGCAAAGGACAACAAGUGGGAGAGAUGUUGAGCGGAACAGAUGCUAUCCAUGUGGCCACAGUCCUGGAGGACUGUGUAGAUCAGCUGACCAUUCUGGGGAGGAUCAUGCCGGCAUCAUUUGAAACUCGUGUGGAUGCAGUGGAGAUGGUCAGUAACGAGCUUAAUCAGCUGGUCACUGGACAGAAGGAGCUGGAACUGCGAUAUCAGACCAUCCUAGCAAAGAAACUGGAUCUAAUGAACAGCACCAAAAACACUGACCGUCUGACACAGGUCGAGAAAGAGGUCAUUGAGGCAGGAGCGGAUCUAAAGAACAGCACACAUGUGUUUGGACGAAGCCUUCGACAGAAUCCCUUAACGGGGGACAACAUGGUCAAAGUUCAGGAGGACAGGAUGUUUGUGGAGAGAUGUAUGGCAGACACUUUGUCAGAGUGUAUACAGAACUGUAGCUUCCAGGCUCUGGCUGAAACUGUCCGCACAGAGAAGGAAAGGAAGGCCAGACUACAGGACACCAUUCUGAAAGAAGAGAAUGGAAGAAGGCAUGUAAGGAUGCUGAAUAAGAAGCUGGUUGACAUUCAGAAGGAGAAGGAGAUAGAGUUACAGCAGAGGAACAAUAUGAUAGCCCACUUUAAGGACCAGCUACAGGAGAUGAAAGCCAAGACAGACAUGGAGGGGAAGUAUCUAAAGAAGAGUGCUGAAGUCACUGUGGCACAGACCCAGAAAAAGUGUACUCUGUCAGAGAAAGCCCUCCAAGAUGAGAUCGAGAGUCUGAAACACAAGAUAGAGGAGGAGCAGAGAUGUAACCAGGAAAUAGAGAACUUUCUCCGGGCACAUCAAGAGGAGUUGGAGAAGAAGGUGGAUAUUUGGAUGGAAAAGUAUGAGAAAGAUGUGGAGGCCAAACAACAUGAGCUGGAUGUAUUGAAGGCAUCAAAGGCUAAAGACCUGGACAAACUUCAGGAGUUGACCAAAUUAUACAAAGAAUAUGAACAAGUGGUUGUGGAAGACAGAAUAGAGAAAGAAAAGGCCAGAAGAAAAGCAGACCAAGAGGCCAUUGAGCUGAGAGCAGCCACGAGGAUUCAGUCCUGGUGGCGCGGUGUUAUGGUUAGGAAAGGAUUCGGACCAUACAGCAAAAAGAAAAAAGGAAAGAAAGGCAAAAAGGGAAAGAAAGGCAAAAAGAAGAAGUAAAUUGGAUCACUGUUAUUUUUGUUUUGAACAAUUUUAUUUUUGUUAUUUAUAUCCUUUAUUUUUUAAUAUCUGAACUUUAUAUCAAAUGAACAUGAUGGUUGUGUGUCUAUUAUAUCUGUCAUAUCAGAAGAACGAUAAGUUUUUUAUUUAAAUAUAUUGAAAUGUAUUUAACAUUUCUCAUCAGUAAUCUGGUUUUGGUAUUAGUAAAUACCAUAAAAUACUGAAAUGGUUGCUUGUCACUUGUUUUAAUUCCUGGGCUGAUUUUAUUGAAGAGAAUAUCAGAGACAUGAUAACACAUACUUUGUUUACAUGAGAAAUAAAUAUGUUUUACUA